UGUCAAAGUAGGCGGCGGGUGCUCCUCCUCCUCCUCCUCCUGCGCAUCCCUCCUCCAGUCGCUAGCACAGCGGAGCGCAUGGGAGUGCCCCCGCUCCUCCGCUCCGCUCACAGCCUCCUACUCCCCCGCCGCUCGGUUCCGGACUCCGUCAGAGCCCGCUCUGCAUCCUCCCAGCGUCGCACGGAACCCGACAGCGCUCCUGUACGACAGGCCCGACGAGGAGCAGCACCAUGGAAGAGUUGGACGUCCCACAGAUGAAGAGGGAAGUUGAAAGCCUUCAGUAUCAGCUGGCCAUCAACAGAGAGAAAUCCUCCAUCACCGUCACAGAGCUGGUGAAGUGGAUCGAGGGUUGCGUCUGCGAAGAUCCCUUCCUGAAUCCUGAACUGAUGCGCGCCAACCCCUGGGUGGAGAAGGGCAAAUGCGUGAUCCUUUGAUGAUCACGCACGGCCGGUCACAGAUGCACGCCACCAGGACUACCAUGCACUCUCACACAGCCUCGCUGCACUAACUCUCACACAUCACGGCUAUAACUCUUUUUAUUUAUUUACCCCGAAUGCUGUUCCCAAAGUGUGUGCGUGUGAGCGCGAGUGCGUGUUUAGCACCGAGUAGCUUUCUAGAGCUUUGAGAAAUGUUUGUCGACACCCUUUUAUUGGCUCUUUACACUCUCAACCCAAAUAAAGACUGUUUUAAACUAACAA